GAUCUAUCGUGUCGCGUGUAUGCGAAGGCCAACACUGGCGCUCAAGGCAGCUUACAAUCUGUUGGUUCACCACAAUCCAAAUAGAAUAGCCUUCCAAGAUGUCGGGCGCAAAACACUGGGAGCAAGAUAAAGAAGCCACUGUCUACGUAGGCAACAUCGACGAACGCGCCACCGAUGCUCUAAUAUGGGAGUUGAUGGUCCAAGCAGGCCCUGUCGUUAAUGUGCACUUGCCAAAGGACCGUGUAACGCAAUCACACCAGGGCUUUGGAUUCGUCGAGUUCAAUGGCGAGGUUGAUGCCGACUACGCAGCCAAGGUCAUGAACGGCAUCCGGUUGUACGGCAAGGCCCUCCGAGUCAAUAAAGCCUCGGCCGACAAGCAGAAGCCACUCGAGAUUGGUGCCGAGCUGUUCAUCGGAAAUCUAGACCCCAUGGUUGACGAAAAGAUCCUCUACGAUACCUUCAGUCGCUUUGGCACCCUCAUCGCGCCCCCAAAGGUUGCUCGCGAUGAUAAUGGACUUAGCAAAGGAUACGGCUUCGUUAGCUACAGUAGCUUCGAAGCAAGCGACGAUGCUAUCAACAAUAUGAACGGCCAGUUCCUCAUGAACAAAGAUGUCAGCGUUCAGUAUGCAUACAAGAAGGACGGCAAGGGUGAGCGUCACGGAGAUGAGGCCGAACGUAUGCUCGCUGCCCAAGCCAAGAAACAUAACGUCUCUAUCGAAGCCCAACCAAUGCCACCUGCUCUCCUCCAGACUCUCGGUCAACCUGCCGCGCCCCCAGCGGCGGCCGCCGCAGCAGCAGCAGCUGUACCGCCCGUCAUGGCUACGGGUGGAUUCGACCCUGCCAUGGCGGGCGGCAUGCCUCCUCCACGACCUAUGGCCUUCGCUGCGCCUGGUGGCCACCGUGGCCCUCCCCAUCCGCCAUUUGCGGGCAUGCCGCCUCCAGGUGCCGGUCGAUCGCAUGCGCUCCCGCCUGCGCCAUCAGGGUUGCCGGCGCGACCUCCACCUGUCCAAAGUGGUUACGGUAGCCCUGCCGAUUUCCACCCAGGUAACUUCCGGGGUCCUAUUGCACCUCCGGGUUUCGCUCCGCCUGGAAAUGGUGCCCCCCCUCCGCCGCCACCAGGUUUCACUCCCGGUUAUGGUCGCUGAAAGGGUGAGUUGAGAUACUUAGCAUUGCCGAUUCUCCCUCAGAUCGCUGUGUCCUGAGUGAAUCAGCUCAAAGAUCAGUUCAACGAAUGGCGACGCGGAAAUGCCGCGGGGAAGAUACGCCAUAGGCCGGUGAGAGGGACGAUCAGACAGGAUUCGCUGUCACGAGCCACCCCGAAAGCGA